AUGAGUUCAUCACAUAGAGCCGACAAAGUGUAUGUACCUAUUGAACAAGUUAGGUAUAUCAGUGACCAAUUGUUGGAGCAAUUAGAAUUUAAAAUUCAAACGAUAUUGCCAGCAAAUAAAAAUAAAAAUAAAAAUAAAAACAAAGGGAGUGAUAAUGACAAUGAGAUAUCGUUACAAGAUGAUCCCAUUCGUAGAGAAAUAUCAUUAAAUUUACAAGAAUAUUUGAAAUUAGUUGUUGAUCAGGCAGCAUAUUCAUUAGUAAUAAGUAACAUGGAUAUAUCAGGAAGAAAACUGGGGGAUGUGAUUGGAGAAUCACAAGCCAAAUAUUUAGAACCGUUUGAUGUAAAGUUAAAUGAAGAGGUUAGACAAAAAUACCAAGAAUGGGAAGAUUAUAGUGUACAAGUAUCUCAGAUCCGCCAACGAGCGCCUGAUUUAAUGAAUGAGAUAUAUCGUAAAGGAGAGACGGAAUACUUGAAUCAAUUAGAUAAAAGAAUCAAUAAGAUAACUAAUAGUGACACUAGCGUUCGUGCCAUUGACGAAAAUAUAGUAGAUACAAACUUUGACGCUUUGAAUGAAACAGAACUAUGUGAGUCACUAGAGGAGUCAAUUAAACAGUUGCACGAGAGUAUAGACAAACUACCACAGCUAAGAGAAGAUGUGACAACAUUAAAUAAGUGGGCCAAAUAUUAUACUCGUCACAAAUGA